CUCACAUCACCAUGUUCGUCAAAGACAUCGUCGAGCGCGACGCGCCUCCGCCGAGCGCACCUCAACUGCCCGCCACGCAAUCCAAGGGGUUUCCCAUCGCCUCGCACCGCAGCGGCAGUGCCUUCGCCCGUGCGCGCAAGGAUGCCAAAGUGCGCGCCGGCGGUGGUCUUACUGUGGGCGAAGGGCGGGUCGUGGACGCGGUGCCGGCCGUCGGGUCCUCUUCACAGCCUCAAUCCUUCCAGGAGGAUGCGGCGCCGCGCCCCGCAGCCCCUCUCCCAGCCCUCACGGAGGCUGAGCAACUGCGCCGCCAGGUGCACGCGGAGAACCUCGCGCGUAUUUCCAGCAUGUCCGACGCUGAGCGGGAAGCGGAGGCCGCUGAACUGAAAGAACGCUUUGGCGAUGACAUUGUUGAUCUCAUGCGUCGUCGGCGGGCCGCGCGCGACGCGGCCGCUAGGGAUGCAACGACAAGUGCCGGGCCGCGCCUCAUAAGGAGCCAAAGAGGGAUGGGCGUGUUUGAGGGCGGAGCGGUGGAGCGGCCGCAGAGGGGGCCCGCAGCAGAUCUGGGCAACUUGGAGACCGGCGGUCUCGAAAGAGCACGCAGGAUGCAAGCGGGCGGAGCAGGCGAACUCGACGCUAACGAGCGCGCACAGAAUGCCGCGCGUGUGGCCGGCAUGAGCGCCGGUGAGCGUGAAGACGAGAUGCGCGACCUGGAAGAGCGCUUCGGCGCGGCACUUCUCGGCCGGUUAAAGACUACGCUCCAGAAGCGCACCUCCCCGACGCCGAAGGAGGAAAAGCCAGCACCCCCUGCAAAGGCCGUGCACGAGCAUCCGACACCUGACCCGCGCCCACUUAAAUCUCCACGCGCCAGCAAGGAGGUACGCUUCGACGCGCCGACACCUUCACAGCUGCGGCAGUACUUCCCCGACGCACCGGCGCACGAUCCCAAGCUAGAAUGGAUGACUAACUCCGCCUCUGCCCCUAUCGAGCCCAAGCCUCCAGCGAAGGAGCAGGAGGAUGCCCCUCGCUUCGAUCUCCAGGGCAACCCGCUCAGCCGCGAGCAGGCCGCCAGCCUCCCGUCUCACCUGGGCCUGCACCACCACGGCGACGCGCCUGAUAUGGCAGGCUAUACCAUCGGAGAGAUCACGCAUCUGUGCUACUCCACGGUCGCGAGCCAGCGGGUCGCGAUGAUGGGGGUGUUGGGGAGGGUUUUGCGAAAUUACACACGGGCCGAGAGUGUAGGCAAGGAGAAACCCGCGAAGAAGGUUGCAGGAGAGCCAGAAACGGAGGAGGGGGUUGGAGCACAGGGCGACGAGCAGCUUGACUGGCUCGCCGCCUGCCGUGAAGACGACAUUGAAUCCAAGGCUCUCUCUGUCGCCUCGUCCGUCCUCUCCUCGCCGACGCGCGCGCUCUCUGUAGUUUCCGCAGCCAUUGACCUCCUCUUCACGGCCCUCGGCGGGCCAUGGGCGUACUUGGACAACCCCCCCAUCGCGUUCCAUCCAGACCCCACGAAAGACGGCGAGGGGACAGGUACCGCCGCUGUCGCCUGGGACGACCUCGCCCCGCGCUUGUCUGAACUCAUCUCCUCUGAUCUGCCCGCCUCUACUCGGGCCCAACUCCUGCGCAUCCUUCGCCGCGCGGCCACCUCCGCCCCGCAAGUGGCGGAGCUGAUCACCCCGAUCGUCCCACACGCCGUGAAAGCGCUCGUACUCCGGCCCGCGUGGCCAGACGCGCUGCCGAACAUGGACGCCCUUGUGCUUCUGCGGGAGACGGUCGAGAGCAGCCGCGAGUCAGCCGACGUACUGCGGCCAACUGCGGAGGCGCUGCUCAAGUUCCUCGCGACGGACAUCCCCUCAUCCGGGACGGAGGUCGUGCUCGAAGUCCUGCGCAUUCUCUACGCCCUGGGGCGGUACGGCAUGGCCGCGGGGCUCGCGGCCAGCGCGCGCGAGAUCUGGUCGCGUUUGGGUCCGUGGGCGCUGGGGCAGGAGGAGAAGACGUUUGCGGCGUACUUCGACCUCUUGAGGGUCUGGGUGGUGUGCGCAAUCGACCCGCACCGUACCACGCCGGAGCACGACCUGACGUGGUCCCAGCUAACGGCGCUGGGGGUGGUGGAAGAGACGCUUGCGGCGACCAAAACGCUGAUUUCCUCUGAGGAGAAAGAGUGGGGCAAGCUUGCCGCCACGCUCGCCGUACUCGCCGAGUACGCGCUCGGCGCGGGCAUCAACGGGCAGCGAGGGGGAGAAGCCGAGAAGGCUGCUCUCUUGUCUUCCCUGCAGAGCAUGAAUCUCCUCGAGGCGAUUCCGAGCGCGCUCGCCGACAUCCCCUCUGCGGCGAGCCAAGACGGGCCGGGAUUCAACGCCGCGCUCGCGCAGCUGUUCCGCCUGAACAAUGCGCUCGGGUUCGAGCUCGUCGUCGGCCCGCCGCUCCAGCGCCUCGUGUGGUGGACGCUGGCCACCACGAGCAGCGAAGACGUCGAGCUGCGGCACGCGGUGCUGCAGACUGCGAAGCGGGGUGUCGUGGAUCUGGGCAUGUGGGCGCGCUCGGCGUUCGACCUCGCGCUGAACUUUGGCCCGGGCGAUGAGCCGCUCGCCAUGAGCCUCGUAGACGACAUCAUCCGGACGGACUGGACGCCGCUGGCGUCCGCGGACGAGCACUCGGACGAGCACGCGGAACACUCUGACGAGGAGGACGACCCCGCGCCCGUCCUCGCCGCCAUCGCGUCCAUCGACCACAAUGACGGCCUCACGGUCCUCCGCCCGCUGCUGCACGCCACGAUCCUGCCCGCGCUCGCUGACAUCCUCGCCCCCCGCCCCUCCCACCUCUACCUCAAAGCGACGGGGACGCUGCGCGCACCGCCCCCGUCGUGGCCGCAAGCCCUCCCGCUGUCGCCCGACUGGGUCUUCUCGCCGCUCGACGAGCUCCUGCGCUCGGGCGCGUCCGACGCCCUCUCCCUCGCCCCGACAGACUGGGACGCGUCCGAGCCGCAGCUCGCACGCGCAACCCUCGCCCUCGCCCGCCUCGCUCGCCUCACCUCCCCUAGCUACCGGAACAGAAGCGACGCCAUCUUGGGAUGCAUGAAAGUGUUCAUGCUCGAGCACGGGCUGAACGAUGCCCCGAACGCGGUCAAAGACGUGUUCCGGGACGACGCGGUCGCGGCGUCCCUCGCCGCGCUGCUCGACGCCGUCUCCGUGCCUUCUUCGUCCCCGCCUGCCCCCGCCGACGUGCCCCCCGCGCCGCUCGAAGCCGCCCGCUUCCUCGGCGACACCCCCUUCUUCCAGUUCUACCAGGACCUCGUGGCACUCUACGAGGCCGUGUCGUUCGGCGACGCGUCGUUCUCACGCGUCCUCCUCCCCCCUCUCGCGAUGAACUAUGCCGUGGACUACCGCCGCCUGCUGUGGGCCGAGAGCGGCGCGCUCCGCUCGCUCCGCGUGACGGACAGCGUGCCGCUCGAGUGCGGAACCAUUGCAGCGUAUUUCUCGCCCCUCGAGACGGACCGCGGCGUCCUCCAUGCUUACGCGCGCGCGGUCGUGGGCGGCAAAGAGGGAUUCCUUGGCCGCGUGGCCACGCACCACCUCGCAGGCCUGUUGUGGAAGGGUACAGAGACAGAGCGAGCGAGUCCGCGCGUGCAGCUUCUUGUCGUCGUGUUGGCGCAGGGGAGCGAUGCCGUGCUUCGGCGCGUGCUCGCACAUGACGUGGACAAGGACAACGGGACCGGAGUUGUUAGCGAGGAGGAGGUGCGGCGCCGCGCCACUACAGCCGCGCAGCUGGGCGGGCCUCGUGCCGUCGCGCGCCUCAAGGCCGCAGGGUACGACGUAGUUUAG